AAAGGUAUAAAAGGAAUGGCGACAGACCAUUGUCCUAACAGAAACAAUAUGAAGUUCUUGAUAACUUUAAUAAUAGUUCUCUGUUGUACUCUCUGUUGGGCUGAUGAUGGUAGUGUUGUUGAUGAAAAAUAUGGUGACGAUGAUAUGAAAGAACAAAGCGACUCGGAAAUAAAUGUGAAGAAACGUCAUAUUUCAUUUCAACCUGUAAGAAAUACAUUUGGAUACAUUAAGAGACCUAGACCGAUGAUGAUAGGACGUAAUCCAUUCUUAGCAAGAAUUAUGUCACGUCCCUCUAAUCGUCCAAAAUUUUAUAUGCCUUCAAGAUAUAAUAAUCCAUAUUCAAGAUAUAAUAAUCCAUAUUCAAGAUAUAAUAAUCCAUUUUCAAGAUAUAAUAAUCCAUAUUCAAGAUAUAAUAAUCCAUUUUCAAGAUAUAAUGAUCCUUUCUCAAGAUAUAAUAAUCCAAAUUCAAGAUGUAAUAAUCCUUAUUCAAGAUGUAAUCCCUCUCCAAGAUAUUAUAAUCGACCUACAAGACAUUUUUCUAGAUUUCCUCAAUAAUAAGGAUCCUCAUAUAAUGAUGCACCUCAUUGAUUGAACAACAAAGUCUUUUAUCUUCCGAAUUCAAGAGGUUAUAAAUGAUUUAACAGCAUUCGUGCUUAAUGUAAAACCUUUACUUGCUUGUUUUCUCCUUUAUUUACAUAAAAUUUAAUCAUUCUUCAAUUUAAUUUCUUCAAUGGGCAUAAGUUGAACAAUUUAUUAAUUACAGAGAUUGAAGAAGAAGCAAUGAAAGAUAGUAAAACAUUUAUUUUCCAUUUAAAAAUUAUGUGUAUAAGAGGAAGAAAACAAGUAAAUAAUUAAAUAAUGUAAUAAUUAAGGUGAAAAGAAAUUUCAUA